AUGGCACCCAAAGCUGGAAAGGCCAAGCCCCACAAGGCCAAGGGAGAGAAGAAGAAGAAGGAGGAGAAAGGUUCAUCUAUCUUAUCCUCCUUCAAUCUCCCUUCCGUCUCAUUGUUCUCCUCUUCUCUUCCAGAAUUCUUCCCUUCAACCGUCCUCACUAACCUGCGCGUGUUCCAAUUACAGCCUUGCCGUCGGUGCUGGACAUCACAGUGGAGACGCCCGACUUCUCCUAUCGGACGCUCAAGGUAGUAACCCUCGGUCCCCUUUGCUCGUUUGCCAUAUCCUCGUUCUUAAAAUACGCCGCAUGCAAGACGUGGGCUAUUUAUUAGGGCCCCAUCGUUGCCUCUUCCUCUACAGUUCCUCUUCGUAUCCAUGUUAGGCUGCGCCGCCAUCUGAAGCGCAUUUUAGCAUGCGAGAGCAGGCCGGUCCUUGUCGGAGUAAUCGAACCGGGCCGAGUUCCGCGAGGAGUUCAACCGGCGUUGCGCCCACAAUGGAUUUCUGACGUUGCUUCGCCAUCGUCUGCAGGGAAUAUCGACGGACAGGAUCUUGGAUGUGCGGAAGUUGCUGGCCGUCCACGUGGACACCUGCCACCUCACCAACUUCUCUCUCUCUCACGAGGUUAUCUCCUGUGGGGCCCUUCUCCGACGUGAAAUUAAAUAUUUUCCCUCCCGGCCCAUAAUGGUAUGGAUCCGGAUCCUUUAUGGGCAUCCGAUAUCUGUGUGUUUCCGCUCGUGCAGGUGCGCGGAUCCAGAUUGAAGGACUCGGUAGAAGUCGUUGCUCUCAAGCCCUGCCAUCUCACCGUGGUCGAAGGUAGGCGCGCGUCUUGAUUUGGAUGACUUUCUCUUGAGGCUGUGGACGUGCUGGGACUGAAACAAUGUUGUCUCGCCUUCCUCUCUCUCGCCUUUCUCUCUCUCGCCUUUCUCUCUUGGGCAGAGGACUACACCGAGGAGCUUGCCGUUGCCCACAUCCGCCGCCUCCUGGACAUUGUCGCCUGCACCACCGCUUUUGGCUCCCCGUCGUCGGCGAAGAAUGGCGGAGCAGGAGUGGCGGCAGGUGCGGUGUCGGGCAAGGCAGACGGGAGGAGGGAGCAGCACCCCCGCCCCGCCGAAGAAGAAGCGGUGGGGUUCUCGCCCCAGGUCGAGGCUCUGGACGACGGUUCGAAUCCCCCGGAAAUGAUCAAGAAAGCCGGCUCCUCGACCUCGGGCGGGACAAAAAGUAGUGGGGAUCUCAGCGUCAACAAUAAGGAGGAGGCGAUGUACCCUCCUCCGAAGCUCGGACAAUUCUAUGACUUCUUCUCCUUCGCCCACCUGUCAUCGCCGCUCCAAUGUCAGAUUUAUUUUUCUCAUUGUUCCUUGGUGAUUCAUUCGUUUGUUCUUAUCUGCUUAUAAAUAAUUACGGUAUCAAAUGUGUUUCAGACAUCCGGUUGUCGUCCCGGCCGUUUGUAGAGAACAAAAGAGAAGACGAUUUCUUCCAGAUUGAUGUGAGUUUAAUGAUUGUCUUCACGCAACUAUGCUGCUGUUUUCCGUCGAGUUAUUUUCUUUUGUCUGAUUGAGACUAAUGGUUUCCGGUAUAUUAUUCAUGGGCAGGUGAGGAUGUGUAAUGGGAAACCAGCAACGAUAGUGGCUUCUCGGGAAGGCUUCUACCCCGCCGGGAAGAGGGCCCUCCUUAGCCGUUCGUUAGUUGGUUUGUUGCAGCAGAUAAGCCGGACAUUUGCUGCAGUGAGUAGAAGUUUAUAACUUAAAUAGCACCUUCUAAUUUUCUUACUAUGUUUGAGUCUAAAUCUCAACUUACUUUCAGGCUUAUACAGCUCUUAUGAAAGGUUUUAUGGAGCAUAACAAGGUGAGUUUGUUGAAUGUGCCAAGGAGUCAAAAACAAUACUCACCACAAAGUCAACAGUACUUUAAUUGGCUGUUGGUACAAGCGUAAUUUUUUAUUAUUUGCCACAAAUCGAAAUGAGUGGACAUGUAUUUCUCUUCCAAUUUUCAGUUUGGUAAUCUUCCGUACGGGUUCCGCGCAAACACAUGGGUCGUUCCUCCCAUUGCUGCAGAUUCACCAAAUACCUUUCAGCCCCUGUCUACAGAGGAUGAGAGUUGGGGCGGAAACGGUGGUGGUCAAGGCAGAGACGGAAAACAUGACCACAGGCAAUGGGCAAAAGAUUUUGCGAGCUUGGCUGCAAUGCCUUGUAAAACGUCUGAGGAGAGGCAGACAAGGGAUAGGAAGGCUUUCCUUCUUCACAAUCUAUUCGUCGACGUUUCUGUCUUUAAAGCAGUGGAUGCAAUCCAGCGUAUCAUCGGGAAUCAUUUGCCAUGCAAUGGAAAGCAAAAUGGUUAUCCAGACGGCAGAAUUUUUGAAGAGCAGAUUGGCGAUUUGAGGAUAAGAGUAACAAAAGAUGAACCAGAUGGUACCACAAAGUUGGAGACUAAGAUUGACGGUAGCCAAUCGCCGGAGGCAUCAUCCGAAGAACUUGCUCAGCGAAAUUUGUUCAAAGGAAUAACGGCAGAUGAGAGCGUGACCGUCCACGUAAGCCUUUUCUUCAUUUCUUUCUAAAACGUCGGCAAGCAACAACACUAGGUGUAUAUCUUUUAUGACUGAAAAUGAUUUAUAUGCGUUCUCUCAGGAUACAUCAACUCUAGGUGUAGUGAUUAUCAGAUAUUGUGGGUAUACAGCUGUCGUGAAAGUUCCUCCGGAAGAAAUUUCAGCUGGAAGCUCUCUGCUUCAAGAAGUUAACAUUGAUGAUCAGCCAGAUGGCGGUGCCAAUGCUCUUAAUGUCAAUAGGUGAGCAUCUGAAUAACCAUACGAACGUGUUUUCUUAUCUAUAAUCUCUAGGCAUUUUGAAUCUGACUAUGCAGAAUAUAGUUAUGGUCGUGUGGUGAUUGGAACUCGACCUUGCAGAUUAUUUACUCUAAAUGGAUAUUUUUCAAUCGUCACUGGUGGUCUAUUUGGCACCUUUGAGGACGUGUAGCUUCAUGAAUUGCUAUUCAUGUAUUUGUAUCCUCUUGUUCUGCAGCUUGAGGAUGCUAUUGCACAAGUCAAGUUCUCCACAGUUGUCUGGUAAUCUCCCUCGAGCUCACGGUCCAGAUUUUGAAGAUUUGAAGCCUUCUAGGUCAUUAGCGAAGAAAGUGCUUGGUGAUUGUCUGAAAAAGUUGCAAGAAGAACCUGCAAAACAGAGGAGGUCAAUUAGAUGGGAGCUAGGUGCAUGUUGGGUGCAGCAUUUGCAAAAUGUUGCAUCGGGGAAAACUGAAACUAAGAAAAAUGAGGAGAUAAAAGUUGAGCCAACCGUUAAAGGACUUGGAAAGCAACUUGGCCCUCUAAAAGUAAUAAAAAAGAAGGCUGAUGGCAAGGGUACCCAAAAUGACACAGGAAAGGAAAUUUCUAAUUGUACUGGCCAUGAUCCCGAGACUUUACAUGUAGAUGCUGGUGAACAAAAGGAGUUCAACAAAAUCAACUCAGAGGAGGAGAUCGUUUUGCAGAAGUUGCUCCCCGAGGCGUCCUUUUUACGCCUAAAAGAAUCUGACACUGGCCUCCAUCUUAAGGUUUAGUCUAUCCUUUCUUUUUACAUUAUUUCUAUCCUUUUUCGAUACGAUCUGCGUUAUCCCCUUAGACAUAUAGAUAUAGAUAUAAUUUCUUAUGUCAUCUGUUGUCUUCCUUUACCGUGUCCUGCGAUCUGAUAACCGUGUAUCGAUAAUUGUCUCUGCCUUCUGUGAGAGAACCAUGGCAUUUUUCAUUUUGCACUAAUCCUGACAUGCUGUCUGAGGGAUAAAUUGAUAAAAACUUUUGCUCCUUUUAAGUCUUCGGUUAUGAUUUAAAAGUUGCAUAGAAUAUAAAGCUAUUAAUCAUAUAUUAGUAUACAGCUUGUGCAAUGUCAUACAGUUCUCAUCGGUUGCAUACUGUGAUGGAUUACGACAAAGAUAUAAUAUAUGAAAACCUCACUAAAGACUUUAUCCUAGUACGUUUUGUGCUUUAAUUUGACAUUAUUUACUGCCUUACUUUCGUGCUUCUUUGUAGUCACCUGAUGAGCUGAUUGAGAUGGCAGACAAAUACUAUGAGGAAACUGCGUUGCCAAAGCUGGUAAAGCUGCUCCCAUUUCUUUGUAUGAGAAUUACUUUUCAAAGGAGGGAUUUUUAUCAUUUACUUCUCGUUUGAAUUUUAUCAGGUGGCGGAUUUUGGUUCCCUUGAACUUAGUCCAGUUGAUGGACGGACGCUGACAGAUUUUAUGCAUACUAGAGGGUUGCAGAUGUGUUCUCUGGGGCGUAUUGUAAGUAGUAAUAGUUAUUUAAAUACUUUAAUUUUUUCACUUGCACAUUUUUCUUGAUUUGGUUAGUCUGAGUUUUGUUGUAUGAACUUCACGCUGCUGAUCUAUUUAUAUUCUUUUUCCUAUUUUUUUCAUGAUUCUGAAAUUAGGUUGAACUUGCGGACAAGCUCCCACAUGUUCAAUCACUUUGCAUCCAUGAGAUGAUAACUCGGGCUUAUAAACACAUACUACAAGCAGUUAUUGCAGCGGUCGAUGACGUAGCUGACUUGGCUGGAUCAAUAGCAGCAUGCCUAAAUAUCUUGCUGGGAUCCUUGCCUACUGAUGAAGUCGACGCUGACUUAGCUAAUGAUGCUGACCUGAAACAGAAGUGGGUAGAAACAUUACUAUUGAAGAGAUUUGGAUACAGGUGGAAAGAUGCUAGUUGCAGUGAACUGAGAAAAUAUGCAAUCCUUCGUGGGCUUUGCCACAAGGUAUUCUUCUUUGACAAUUCUGUUGCGGGACCCUAAAUGAUGCCAAACUAAAUAUCUCCUUCGUUAAUGGCUUAGCAUCUAAUAAUUUAUCUUUCCCAGGUCGGACUUGAGCUGGUACCUAGGGAUUAUGAAAUGGAUGGACCAUCGCCUUUCAGAAGGUCAGAUAUCAUCAGCAUAGUCCCCAUAUACAAAGUAAGAUACAUGAAUCUCAUUCAAAGGGGCAAUAUAAACGAUGACAUAAAGAAAUAGUGUCACUAAUGAUGUGCAUUGCAGCAUGUUGCAUGCUCCUCUGCCGAUGGACGCACACUGUUGGAGUCAUCUAAGACUUCGUUGGACAAGGGCAAGCUUGAGGAUGCUGUCAAUUAUGGAACCAAGGCAAGGAUCAUCACUUGUUCUAAUUGUUUUCUCCUUUUAUAAAAUAUUAUAUUACGAGUAAUCUGAUCAUUGUAUCCCUGAUCUUGUUUUUAUGAAGGCACUUGCAAAACUUGUAGCAGUAUGCGGUCCUUACCAUAGAAUGACAGCAGGGGCAUACAGUCUUUUGGCAGUAGUUCUAUACCACACUGGCGACUUCAACCAGGUAUCCGUCAAGCUUAUUCUUGAUAUCCAUUUCAACAUUGGGUGCAAAUACUAUUUUUAAUCUGUUUCGGUGGGCGAUUCCACGGCGGACACCUAUUCCCUUGAUUCGGUAGAUGAAGCACAGGACUCUGUUAGUCGAUUCUUUGGAUUCACCCUUGUUAGUUGGUCAGAUUGGUCUUGACGAGGAUGGAAUCUGAUUUACCCGUUGCUAACCAUAUAAAAUGUACCGCAUAGACAUAUUACCAAUCCAAUAGAUCCAUGAUGUUCAUAUAGGAUUUAUUCGCAUAUACUUUGAUGUCACGCUAAAAGACCGGACCAUUAAAAUCAAAAUCAAUUAAAAUUGAUGAAGUAAACCCAAAUAUUUUCUUCUCAGUAUUUAAUUGUCCAAUUAGAUGUAAACAAUUUCGUACAGAUAGUAACUCUUUUUUAAUUCCGUGGUUGGAAUCAUCACACAGCAACUAAAUGAAAGUUCAAAACCUAUAAAAUCAACUCGAAAAAUGAGAAGAAAAUCAAAAUAUAUCAGACUGAACCUAUGUAUUGUCCACCAGAAAAUUCUUGAAUAAAAAGGAACUAUGAAGAUGUGAUGCAAUAGUAAGUCAAAUAAAGAACGUAGGACUCUUAUAUUGGGAACACCCUGAGCAGACUGAUGCGGGACAAUUUGAUACUCAGAAGGCCCCUAGACCGUGAAAUUUUUUAUCAAUAUGCAUGGAGAGCAAACGUAUCCCGAUGUAUUACAGUUUGCCUCGCUCAGUUCUUUCUAAGAAAAAAAUUCGAGAUAAAUGUGAGGGGAUAUAAACCCUCUUCCUUUUUUAUUCACACGUUUGGUUGCGAAACAAUGUCGAUUUAUUGAAUCAUGUUUGUAAAACACAACUUGAAAUAUUUUUCCUCCUCCUUGGGCCAGAUGAUGGGUCAUGGCUCGAGUCUGGGGAAGGGGAAGGAGAUUUACAAUAAUUUCCAUCAAGAUUCAGAUAUUAAGUUUACAUAACUCAUUUAAACUAGAAUUAAAAUUAGAAAAAAAUGAUGGAAAAAUUCUAGUUAUAAGUUUCGACAGUUCCUUUGGGUACUUGUGUACUUGUUUAUAUGUAAAUCAAGGAAUCCACUUUCUUUUCAUGGAUUUUGUAUAAGCUCAUGAUCCGCUAAAUUUCUUUUGAUUGUAGCAGCCGUAAUUUUUCUUCGUAGAUAAUCUUCAAAUGACAGCUCUUGCCUAUCGAAGAAGCUGAACAGAACUGACACUUGGCGUAAAUUCGCAGGCUACGAUAUAUCAACAAAAGGCCUUAGAUAUAAACGAGAGGGAACUUGGCCUUGACCAUCCAGAUACAAUGAAAAGCUAUGGAGAUCUUGCCGUCUUCUAUUACCGGCUUCAGCACACAGAGUUGGCAUUGAAGUAAGAUUGAGCUCUGCAAUAUUUUCUUGGUGAUUUUUUCUAAGAGUAUAAGAUAGAGGAUCAUGAAAUGUGAUUGUUUUUAUAGAGUUUCCAUUUCUCUCUGAUGGUAGUAGUUGUGGCCUUCCGAAUUAAUGCUUCGGAUAUCAACUAUUUCCCAUCUCGAUAUCUGAAAUGCUGCUAGAACCAUCAAAAAGAUAUGAUCAUUAAUGUCAACUCAUGUUCCUCUGUAUAUCCCAUUGAAUCUGAUGCUUACAUCCCUCUGAAGCUUCUUGUUUGUUCAACUUAAAGAUAUUUAUCUUGUGAAAGACAUGAUCGCCUAUAAUUAUAUUAUUUGUUCAGUGCAUGCUUUAUUAAGGGGAUGAUGUUUUUAUAUUCAUCUUUGUUCGUACCAGGUAUGUCAACCGUGCAUUAUAUCUUCUGCACUUGACCUGUGGCCCUUCACACCCCAACACGGCUGCGACUUACAUUAAUGUGGCCAUGAUGGAAGAAGGGCUAGGGAAUAUUCAUGUCGCACUGAGGUACCUGCACGAGGCACUUAAAUGUAAUCAAAGACUGCUUGGAGCUGAUCACAUACAGGUCUCAUUUUGCAAAAGUAGCUUCAGAGAAACAUACUCUUCUCUCCCUUACGAAAGAUUGUUGACCUAUGUCUUGGUUUAUGUCCACAGACUGCAGCCAGUUAUCAUGCCAUUGCAAUUGCUCUGUCAUUAAUGGAAGCGUACUCACUGAGUGUCCAGCACGAGCAAACAACUCUGCAGAUACUCAAAGCAAAGCUUGGAACAGAAGACCUCAGAACGCAGGUAACGAUCUCAAGAGGUUCAGUCAUGCAAUUUCACUUCUGCUUCUAUUCUGAAGCAGGAUGCCCCUCCCGUUCAGGAUGCUGCAGCAUGGCUUGAAUACUUUGAGUCCAAAGCCCUGGAACAACAAGAGGCUGUCCGAAAUGGCACACCGAAACCAGAUGCUUCUAUCGCUAGCAAAGGCCACCUGAGGUAAUUGAAAUAGAGUUAAACCUCUGAUUUCUCCUCGCUAAGGUCAAGUCAGACAUUGUGCGAAGUUUGGGCAUAAAUUUCGACAGUGGGUCAUUAUUUCCGAACGGAAAUAGCUCAAUUUAGGCAUUCGUGUGCUACACGUGUGCUGGUAGAUAUUAUAACACGAUGUGAUCGGAAAGUUACUUUCUGGUCCACGCCCCAAUUAUGAUCUUUCUUGAGGGGCAUCACGCUUUAUUUCACAUACACGGUUGAACCCUGGCCAGUUGAUUGGAAGAUAUCCAUGGUAGCCAUGUACCAAGACCAAGGGCCAACUCGUCUUCCCCCUUUUGCCAUGAAUACCAUGUAACAUAGCUUAUGCUUGGGCUAAUCCUACUCUUCCCGUAAUAUAAGCCCCACCGUACCCUCGUAUUAGAAGAUCAUUCCGUAUAUACACCCAUUUUGAUUAGCUUGUGACCAACGGUGCUUCUCUUUGCUUUUCCUCCAGUGUCUCGGACCUUUUGGACUACAUCAACCCAGAUGACGAUCUCAAGGCAAGAGAAAAUCAGAAAAAACUUGCCCGAGCAAAGGUAAUGCUCAUCUCUGUCUGCUGCCAAAACCCACUGAAUUUUCUCACGAUUCAUUGCAUAUCAAACUCUUGGGUGUUUCUGUUUCAGAUCAAAGGUCGAGCAAACCAAACCCAGUGGGAAGCAGUAACAGGCGGAGACCAGGAGGAUUUAGCCUUUAUGGCCGAGUACACUGUGAAUGAGGCCUCUAACGACAAAGAGAAUGAUGUCAAAAUCGAUACUGUGGAACCUCAGAAAGAUGACAAGUCAACAGUUAACAUGGUUCACGUACCUGCACCAGAAACUCAGGAUGAAGGAGGAUUGGAUGUAUCGUCAGAUGAAGGAUGGCAAGAAGCAGUCCCGAAGGGGCGUUCCGCCGCGGGCCGGAAGUCUUCGGGAAGGAGACCUAGCCUGUCCAAACUCAAUACGAACUCCCUGAACAACUCAGAAAAUUCAAGAUAUAGAGCGAAGUCUUCUCCCGGCUUCUCGUCUCCGAGAUCCUCUCCAAAUGAUGCAGCUCCUACAGCCACCAUUUUUGUUCCGAAGACGCUGGCUAAGAGUUCAAGCUUCAGUCCUAAACAGGCGACCCCUGCAGCAUCGCCUAACACCGUGGAGAAGUUUACUAACGCAGUGCCACCACCAACAAGCCCUGCUGUCGCAAAUGUGCCCGCCAAGCCGAGUCCUUUGCCAAGUUCGGUCACUGUUCAAGCAUCGAGGAAACCUCUGUCCUACAAAGAAGUUGCACUGGCACCACCCGGAACCAUAGUCAGGGUUGUUGAAGAUCACGCAGCAAAGGAAACAGAGGGUUCCGACCAGGAUGAUCACACAAGCAAGGAAGCUUGUGUGGUAGAGGGAACUCAAGGCGAUACGGCCGCGUGCAGACAAGGGAAUAGCGAAAACGAGAGCAUCCCCGAAGGGAACCCAGAAACUUCGGAAGAAACAAAGAUCCACGUAGGUGAGGAAAAAGGGAAGGAAGAAGAGGCAACGGAGGCUGGAGUUUUGGGGCAUCAAGAGCUCGAUUCCUCCGUUGAAACAAAUGCGAGUUCUUCUGACCCUGAGAAGGAUAAAGAUAAUACCGCAAAUGCUGAGCCAGUUCCUCCCGUCCUUGAAGGAUCUGAAUCCUCCGAAAAGGCUUCUUUGGAACCUAAAGUGUCUGCGCUGGAGGCAAUGCCAACUUUGCAGGCGAAUGUCUUGGGUGCAGUUGAGAAGGAGGUUCAGGCUCUUGAUGGUUCACAGCAACUGAGCAUUGGAGGUGACACCGAGCUGCCCUCACCGACUGAACCCGGAAAGCUGGAGGAAACCGCAGAAUCUGUCAAAGAACCGAACCGGAAGCUUUCUGCUGCCGCUCCUCCGUUCAGUCCAUCCAUGGUACCAGUGUUCAGCCCCAUCGCCGUUCCAGGGUACGGUGAUCACGGGGGGAUCUUGCCCCCUCCGGUAAACAUAGCUCCGAUGUUGGCGGUCAACCCUAUCCGGAAGUCUUCUUAUCAGUCUGCAACAGCCAGAGUUCCCUACGGCCCCCGACUUUCAGGAGGUUACACCAGAUCCGGGAGUCGCGUCCCUCGAAAUAAGCCCGUCCUGCAGAACUGUGAGGUUGACGGGAACGGCUUCAGCUCCAGAAUAAUGAACCCUCAUGCAGCAGAGUUCGUACCAGGUCAGCAGUGGCUUCCCAACGGUCACCCGGCGUCCCCAAAUGGCCUCGUCUCUCCCACUGGCGCUGCAGACUCCCCUCAUAGCGUCCUGCUUUCACCGUAUGGUUCAGAGACGUCUCCCGCCCCCACUGUGGAAGAUGCCGACCCGUGCGUGGAAGAAGUCGACCCCCACCUUGAGGAGGCCUCCGUGGAAGCAGGAAUCGUUGGCCAUCUGACGACCACGAGUGAUGCUGGUGUUCAGACAGAGGAAAGCUCGCCCGCUCCAGUUGCCGACGCCGAAGACCACUCUGCAAACAAGGAGGCGCCGGAAGAAGACGGUGCACCAAACGGGAAACCCGUGAAGAGCUGGGCCGAUUAUAGCGACGGCGAAGCCGAGGUUGUGGGGGUCGCGAGUUGA